CCAACUUAUUGGCUAUUGCCAUCUCUCAAGGCUUGGCCCGUAGCCAGCCCUUAUGCCUGUAAUGUUAAAGAAUCCGACAGAAAAUCUCUCCAAAAGAAAAUCGCAACACUUUAGUGUCUCUCCGCCAUCUUCUUCUCGGCACCACCGCCGGCGCCGGUAGUCUGUUUCAGCAUUAAGAUAAACAAAAACCCAAUUAAUUGAAAGUAACCCAGUUGGGUUUUGCCGGAAAAAGGGAAAAAAAUGAAAUGGAAAUAUGCAAUGGUGUGUUCUUCAAAUCAGAACAGAAGCAUGGAGGCUCAUAAUUUGUUAAAAAAACAAGGGUUUGAUGUCUCAUCUUAUGGUACUGGUGCCCAUGUUAAGCUUCCUGGACCCUCACAAAGUAAACCUAAUGUUUAUGAGUUUGGUACUCCUUAUAAGCAAAUGUUUGAGGAGCUUCGUCGAAAAGACCCCGAAUUGUACAAGCGUAAUGGCAUAUUGCCAAUGCUGAAGCGGAAUUCAGCUGUCAAGCUUGCUCCUCAACGCUGGCAAGAUAAUGCACAUGAUGGUGCAUUUGAUGUGGUGUUUACAUUUGAAGAAAAGGUCUUUGACAUGGUUGUUGAAGAUCUUUACAACCGUGACCAUGUACUUAUGAAACCUGUUGCUAUCAUCAACCUUGAGGUAAAAGAUAAUCAUGAGGAGGCGGCUAUUGGUGGUCGCCUUACACUCGAUCUAUGCCAAGAGAUUGAUGCAAUUGAUUCCUGGGAAGAUAAGAUAGAUGAGAUCAUUGCUGCUUUUGAAAGACAUCAUAGACGGAAGAUUGUCUACACCAUAUCCUUCUAUUAAAGAUAUUGAAUGGAUAUUCUGGCUCACUCAGCAAUGUUUUAACAGCUUUUCCAUGGAUAAAUUUCAAAUUCACCCUGACACUAUGCUGUAUAUGAGUUCCAACCUGCUGAUGGGAAAAGUUUACAAAAAGCAAGUCUCGAGAAGUUCUCAUGCACAAAGAACUGUUACAGAUUGUAAGUCACUAUCCAUCAAUGCCUGUAACGUUGUCUUAAACUUCAGAUAUUGUAUAGUUUUUAGCAAUUCUACUUUAGGCACUAUUGUCAUAUAAUGCAAAGAUGAGUAGCGGGUGCAAGACUACGCGGUUUUGCAAGGUUUGUGCUCAUGUUUUUUUGACAUCAAAAGAAGAAAGAAAAACAGAACUAUUGCGUGCACCCUUUGAUUCGUUUGGUUUGUCAAAAUUAACAGGGGUAUGUUAUAGAAUACAGUAUGUGUUGUGAA